AUGACCGCGGGUCAGUCACUGGCUUUAUUGCCCCUAGCCUUUAACCACGCGUUCAUCGACUGGCGAUUAGAUAAAAAGAGUGUCUUUUGGUGCAUCAACGGGCAUUUUUCGGACACUGUCUUCGCAGGCAUCACAAACCACGAGGUUGCUAUGAACCCCGACACCAGUCACACCACCCGCGCAUACUAUAUAGCACAACUGAAGGAAAGCGAGAGGUACUGCAAACAGAUACUCACCCAACAGAUCCCUCGAGUAGCUGAUCCCGGUAUUCUUGACUAUGACUUAGAGCAUGAACUGUGGAGCAAGGUCAGGCUCGAGGCUCGACGCAAACCUCCCCUUGUGGAAAGCUAA